AUGCAUAAUUAAUUACUAACUAAUAGAUCGAAUAUCAAAUCUGAUCGCAUUUCCAAGAUCUUAUCAGCCUACACUGUUGAGAAUGACAAGAAUAACUAGUAGAGUUUUAGAAUGCUAAGUUAGAAAAUCAAGAAGAAAAUAGGAAAUCAAAUUAGCGAUCAUCAAACUCUCUAUCCCAAACCAGAAAUCAAAGACACUAAAAUCGAAAUCUCUAAAUAUUUUAGCGAUCACAAAACUACCCAAAUCUAAAUCAGUGUUAAAGACUUACUCAUGCAUAAAAGUUAGAUGAAAAAGUCUUAAUCCAAAAAAUCCAGAGAUUCUAAUCAGCGCUAAAAUGAAAUCAUAGACAAAUUGAAUAAGACAUAAAAUGAAAUCUAUAAGAAUUACAUAGCCAAAAGAGAUACUAAUGGAUCAAAAACCUAUAGAGACUCAAGGGAUUUGGAUAUCCGUAUCAAGUUGAAUGACAAAAGUACUUAAUCUCAACAAGCCUUACUCCAAACAUUAAUCAAUAAGAGCAACGAAAAAAAAUCAGUUGAACCAAGAGAUUCCCCAGAUUAAUGUCGUACCCCACAACAUAAUAUGCUUCAAUCUACAAUCCAAAAUAGCCUACUCAUACGCUCAGGAAGCCAAGGAAACGUUGCUUGUACCUCGAAAAUAACCUCUAAAAUGCAAGACCCAAAACUAAAUAAAAUAAGGAACUAUCUUGAAUAAGCUAAAACUCAUCGACCUAUAACUGAUUCCUAUAAAUUGAGUUAAGAAAUUGAUAAGGUCAAAAAAAAUAAGUUGGUCUCAGUUGAAAGAGAAAAGCUAUUAUAAAUCUUGAAAAUAGCACAUCGAGCUAAAUCUAAAAUAGAUCAAUUUAAUGCUUAUCUAAAAUAAUAAGAAAAAAUUUCAUCUGGAAUUUAGAGCUUUAUAUUGAAUGAAUUAUCAUCUGAAAAUAGUAUUGAAUCAAUCUUAUCUUUAGAAUGA